AUGUUCUUUGCCAUCCUUAUGGAUGCCUACCGUGACGAGCGUCCCUGGAUCCGCAUGAACUACCGCACGGACGGACCCCUUCUCAACAUCCGAUGCAUGCAGGGCCCCACGCGCGUCUCCAAGAUCACAUUUCAUGACCUGCUUUUCGAGGACGACUGCCCUCUCAACACCACAACCGAAGCAGACACGCAAAGGUGUAUGGACCUCUUCGCCGCAGGUUGCACAAAUUUCAGUCUCACCAUCGACAUGGACAAAACGGUGGUCGUGCUCCAACCGCCGCCGGGGGUUGACUAA